AUGCAAGAUUUGCAUCCAUCAUCAUGGAAAUUUAGACAGCUGGGGGGGGAUGGGGAAACAACAGCUGUUUGGCACUGUUGAGCAUACUACAUUACAGCUUAGAGACAAAGUGAGGAAUAAUGUGUGUAAUUGAAGCUACAGAGAAUGUGAGUGGGAAAUCAGAAAUUCUCCAGGAUGUUGGGUUUAUUACUAACUCUCAGGAAAACAAAUCUGAUCAAUUGAUUGAUAAUUAUGGAAGCUGUCAUGUGACAAAUGGUAGAAAAGCUAAUUUAGAAAUUGAGAUUUUUGCUCUUAACAGCAAAUAAAACUAAAGUUUAUUCACCUUUUUCUUUGGGUGUCAGACCUUUGGUAUUCAGGAUGUUGAUUUGAGUUUUAUUCAUUUGUGUUGCAGAAGCUCACAUAAAAGAAAUUAAGUACCCAGAGUCUUCGUUCCUUCCUGAAUGCAGAUCUCUUUCACCUGAAACAUCAAAAGAACAAAAAAAGCCGAACCUAACUUCUUAUCACAAAUGUCCAAAUAACAAAACCUCAUCAGGAAGUUUGUUUGGGUGCCUUCCCUUUGAAAGUAGCUGGAGGAAUUCAUUAUUAACAACACAGAGGAUAAAAAAAGCAGAAUACACUUCAGCUUUUGGCUUGAGAGACAGUGAGGAGAACAUGGCAAUACCAAAUCUUACUCAAGGAAUCCAGAAGUACCAAGCAAACCGAUCCCCUGUGCUACAAAUGAAAAAAGGAUUUGGACUUGAUCCUCCUAAACCUUUUCCAGUGGGCUUUUAUGAUAAAAAAGAGCCUAAUUAUGUGCCAGCUACUCAUUUGCUUCCAUCUACCUCAUCACAGAUAUUAGGAGAUGAAUUUUGCAAAAGCAGGAGAGAAGUGCAUGUGGUAGAUCUGCAAAAGAGAGGAUUAGACUCUUGGAACCCCAGCUCUCUGAAGAUGCCAGACAUCCAUGGUGGAGGUGGAGAGAUGGGAGCUUGGAGGUCCAGGAAGAAUAACAAAAUUUCCAGGACAUACUUGGGUUUCUCUGGGCAUGAAUAUAAAUUUGCUCAUCACCACUUCACAGAUCCUGUCACUGGAGCAGCACCAGAAUACUUGCAAAGACUUUCUCAAAUGGCUUCAUUAGAAUGUGAAACUAUAAAUGAAGAGAAAAACAAAAAAAUGAAAAGGGGAAAGAAGCAAGAGACAUGGACAAGCUGACAGACAAAGAAGCUCUUGAAGAUACUUUUUAUGAGCUAAGAUUUUAUCCACCAAAAUACAGAAAUUUUUAUUUAAUUUAUAGUAUGAUAGUCCAUGAUUACUUACCUAAAACCCCUACCAACUGU